GUGACUGCUAGCUGCAACGGGAAUAUUCGAUAGGACCCCCUCUUCCGCUUACGAAUCAGCAACUCCUUUCAGCAGGCCAAAGUGACCCAGCUUUUUUUCCGUAGUAGAGAUAUUCCGAUUGACCAAUCUGAUACCCCGCCAACUUCACCCUAUAGCAACAGCCUUUCUCUAACAAACUUCCACCCCUCCUCGCUCUCGGUGCCGUCUCAUAUCCCCUGCAAAAAAAAGCAUCACCGAAACCUAAUCCUCGCAACGGGCCGGGCGCGUGCAGCACGCAUCGCGAACCAGCAAACUGUCCUUCAAGCUGUUUUCAUCAGCCUUCAGACGUACUCUCCGUUCAAGCGGUCCCGGCUUACCAGCAGCCCUUGUUGUUGCCGCCGGUGUUAGGGAACACCCGCCACGUGCCAGCGAAAUCAAGAAGUUUUCGCAGGCCAAAAGGAUGCACAGCAAGGUAGUUAUCAUCGGCUCCGGGCCCGCCGCCCAUACGGCCGCCAUUUACCUGGGGCGAGCCAACCUGAAGCCGGUCAUGUAUGAAGGUUUCAUGGCCAACGGCACCGCAGCGGGCGGCCAGCUGACCACGACCACGGACGUGGAGAACUUCCCUGGCUUUCCCAAGGGUAUUGGUGGCCAGGCACUCAUGGACGCGAUGCGCGAGCAAUCAUCCCGCUUUGAGACCGAGAUCAUCUCCGAGACGGUGGCUAAAGUCGACCUGUCCUCGCGCCCUUUCAAAUACUGCACCGAGUGGUCGCCGGACGUCACGCACACAGCAGAUACGCUCAUCAUUGCAACGGGUGCAUCGGCCCGCCGCCUGGGCCUGCCUGGCGAAGACAAAUAUUGGCAGAAUGGCAUCUCGGCCUGCGCCGUAUGCGACGGUGCUGUGCCUAUCUUCCGUAACAAGCCGCUUUUCGUCAUUGGCGGUGGCGAUAGCGCAGCCGAGGAGGCUAUGUUUUUGACAAAGUACGGUAGCCAUGUCACAGUACUCGUGCGCAAGGACAAGCUGCGCGCCAGCAGCAUCAUGGCCAAGCGCUUGCUGUCACACCCCAAGGUUACGGUCAAGUUCAACUCGGUUGGAGUCGAGGUCAAGGGAGGCGAGAACGGUCUUAUGAGCCACAUGGUCGUCAAAGACGUCGUUACUGGCAAGGAGGAGACCCUCGAAGCCAACGGUCUGUUUUAUGCCAUUGGACACGACCCUGCCACUCAGCUCGUUAAGGGGCAGCUCGAGAUUGAUGAGGAGGGCUAUAUCGUUACUAAGCCGGGUACCCCACUGACGAGCGUCGAGGGCGUUUUUGCUUGCGGUGAUGUGCAAGACAAGAGAUACAGACAGGCUAUUACAAGUGCCGGCUCCGGUUGCAUGGCUGCCAUGGACGCUGAAAAGUUCCUGGCUGAGCAAGAGGACGUCGAGCCCGACCGAGAGGCGCGCAUGUAAGAUUGUCGCAUGUGUUGAUACUUCUUAGAUUUCAAAUCAUGUCGCGUCUGCCGAAGCCUGUCAUUGCCUUGCAAGACCGGCUCGGCGAAUUAUGCGGGUUAAAUUUUAAACUUGCUAUUUGAAAUAUGAUGGAUGGAAGAAGCUAAACAAAUAAAAUAUAUAUGUAUAGAUACAUUCUAUAGAUAAGGCCUCCCUCAGGGGUUUGGUGAGCACAUCUGGUCACCUGUUUGUGCCAGUAUGUGUAUGUAUGGUACAUCAACUGCCGUCUGCAAUACUUGUGGCGGGAAAUCGCCUACUCCCAAGGCUUGUAUGAAGUCUCGAGCAAAAGCGAGAUCGGCAGCCUUGCAGAG